AUGUGGAAAGCUAUUGUUGACUCAUGGAAUGGUAAUCAUCAAGCUGUUCCUCAAUCGGCACCAAUUCCUGGUAAUACUUACGAUUUUGAUGACAUGAAAGCUUUAGUUGCCAAGCACGAUCCAUCUGUUGUCUUGGUAGACAACAGAGAACCUUCCGAAUAUGAAGUUGUUCAUAUUCCAGGUUCUAUUAAUAUCCCGUAUAAGUCUCAUCCUAACGGUUUUGCUUUAGAUGGUAAUGCCUUCCAAGCUACAUUCGGUGUACCAAAGCCAGACCCAAAGAAGGAACUAGUCUUUUUCUGUGCUUCUGGUUUCAGAGCUGGUAAGUCCAGAGAAGUUGCUUAUGAAAACGGUUACAAGAACACUUCAAUUUACCCCGGCUCCACUAAUGAUUGGGUUUCUAACGGUGGUGACAAGUUGAACUUAUGA